GCGUUUUCAGUUUCUUUCGGCCCCUUAUCCACAUCCGCAACCCCCACAUCCCCUUCCCACCGAAUCCAGCACCAUGCCAUUGCCGCUGCCCGCCGUGGGCACGGUCCCCGCGUCGGCGAUAGCUCCGGUCGCCGCCGCCGCGGCAGCAGCACCCCUUAGGUACCGUCCCAUACGACUCCGCGCAUCUCCCUCGACGGUUUCCUCCCCUUCAACCUCUGCGAUCUCCAGCCCGCCGCCCCCGCCGUCUGCGAGGCAUUCCCGCAAACACCUGGCGGGCAGAGGCGACGCCCCGGCGAGGCCCUCAAAGGGCCGGGUGUUCUUCCUCGACGUCAACCCGAUAUGCUUCCGCGGAUCCCAGCGUAGCCUCAGCGCCUUCGCGCGCUGGCUCGCGCUCUUCUUCACGCACGUCAGCCUCCGCGACCCCGUUGUCGCUGUCUUUGAUGGGGCAGGCGGGAACGAGUACCGGAGGCGGCUGCUGCCGUCCUACAAAGCGCACCGGACUCGCGGCGUAGGCACCGGUGCCGAUUCACGCGUGGUUGACGUGCUCCGCGAGUGCAAUGUUCCGGUUGUGCAAGUCGAUGGAUACGAGGCAGAUGAUGUAGUGGCUACCUUGACAGAGCAAGUAUUACAGAAAGGUUAUAGAGUUGUCAUUGCCUCACCAGACAAGGACUUCAAGCAGUUGAUAUCUGAAGAUGUUCAGUUAGUUAUGCCCAUUCCUGAGAUUGGCCGAUGGUCCUUUUAUACGCUGAGGCAUUAUGUUGCACAAUACAAGUGCGAUCCAACUGUAGAUUUGAGCCUCAGAUGCUUUAUGGGUGAUGAAGCGGAUGGUGUUCCCGGAAUCCAGCACCUGGCUCCUGGUUUUGGUCGCAAGACUGCAGUGAAACUACUGAACAAACAUGGUUCAUUAGAAAACCUACUUAAUACAGCUGCAGUUAGAACGGUAGGCAAGGAGUAUGCCCAGGAUGUUCUAGUCAAGCAUGCAGAUUACUUGCGGAAAAACUAUGAAGUUCUCAGCUUGAAGAGGGAUGUAAAUGUUCAGCUUGAUGACAGAUGGUUAUCAGCGAGGGACACUUGUAAUGACACCAGUGUGUUAUCUGACUUCAUUCUUAAAUUCAGCAAAGGAUAGAAGCUAAAUGGCAGGUUUCAGAGCUGGAACGAGCAGAGACCGUGUCUAACCAACCCACGCUGCUUUCAUCUCGUCGAACGAGAAGGUGAUGCUGGCUACAAGAUGCGGAGAUGUGGUCCAGGAGCAGGCCAGUACUAGUACGUGUGCAGCGUCACAGUGACCCAUCGUCUCACCCGAAGACGGGCACCGGACAUGCUAUCUCAGCUUUUUUGUCAUGCUAGUAGCAUAUCUUAAAGGAGCCAACAAAGAUUCAAUUCAAGAAGGGAGAGCAUCUGCAGGCAGAGAUCUGAUCUGAUCUGAUCUGAUGUAAUGUAAUCCUCGGAUGCUACUACUCGCUGCUGCUAAUUGAAUACUGCGUGUGUUGGUCUCGCUUCGUGGGACGCUGGCCAAAUCUAGCGAGGCUUUGUUGUGGCAUCGGAUGACCACCAGGCUAGACUGCGUAUGAUAAAUCUGCUCUGCUUGUUUGUA